GCUGUUUUCUACGGCUCUGAGAAAUCCAAGCGAUUAUGUUCUUACUUGAGUCGCUCUCCCCUAAUUUCUACAUACAGAUACAGAUACAGAUACGCACAGCAAUUCUAUGUAUAUGCAUGUAAUGUAUAUCUUUAAGUUUUGCCGCCAGGAUCUACAUAAAGAUUUGGUUUUUUUUGAACCCUUAUUUCUUCCCCAAUUUUAUUUUUCUCUUAUUGGUUCCUUCCGGUAUUCAGUUUUUCGAUAUGUGUUUUGUAAACUCAGUUGAUCAAUUGAUAUUCUCAUAAACCAAAGCAUACGUUUACAGUGUUAGAGUGAGGUAAAUUUUGCGGAAGAAUGGUUCAUACACAGUUUAUUUGGUCUCAUGGUGGCAAUCAAGUGUUCCUGUGCGGUGAUUUUACUGGGUGGAUCAAGUAUCAACCGAUGGUUCCUGUUGAAGGAUCGUCUUCGACUUUCUCGACGAUUUGCGAUCUACCACCUGGUUUGCAUAAGUAUAAGUUCUUGGUGGAUGGCAUAUGGAGAAUCAACGAGCAACAACUGUUUGCUGAAGAUGAGUAUGGAGUAAACAACAUUGUUCUGGUCAAACAACCAGAGGUUAUGCCUCAGACAUUGAUCAUUGAUGAUGGGGUACCAAUUAUGGAUAUUGAUAGUUUGGAUGAUCAUAAUCCUGCUGAUGGUGCUUCAACAUCAAGCAGUGUUCUUCCUCAUGAACUUGUGAUGCCAUUAAGGGCUGAAGACAUAGAGGCAACCCGCCAUUGUUUGUCUGAUCAUCUUUCAUCUUGCACAGUGUAUGAUUUGAUUCCGGAUUCAGGCAAGGUCUUUGCAUUGGAUGCUAAUGUGAGUGUGGAAGAGGCUUUCCUUGUUAUGCAUGAAGAGAAUCUUGCUGUUGCUCCCCUUUGGGAUGACACCAGUCGCCAGAUUUCAGGGAUGCUAACAUCAACAGACUUCAUUUUGAUUUUAAUGGAGUUACAGAGGAACCAUGCAAUGGUUGCAAAUAAUGUGCUUGAAUCAUCAUCAAUCUCUGCUUGGAAGGAAGGAAAACUUCAGCUUCAAAAAAGGCCUUUAAUCAAAGUUGAUCCAGAUGAGACCCUGAAUGCAGUUGCAGUUAAAAUCAUGCACAAUCGCAUAUCAUCAGUUCCUGUCUUAAAUAUGGCACAAGAUACAGCUUGCCCACAAUUACUGCACGUUGCAUGCCUUGGUGGGGUCCUAAAACAUAUACAGAGGCAUUUUGAACACCGUAUCGGGUAUUUGCCUCUUCUGCAGCAACCAAUUGGAUGUCUGCCAGUUGGUAGUUGGACCAGAGAUAUUGGGGGACGGGAAUUAUUAACUCUGCUUGCCACUCAACUUGUUAGUUAUGCGUUCAGAAUAUUAUUAGAUGAACAUAUAAGUUCAGUGCCUGUUGUUGAUAAUAAAGGAGCCCUUGUAAACAUUUUCUCGAGAAGUGACAUCAUCUCGUUUGCAAAAGGCAAUGUAUAUGCUCGUAUCCAGCUUGAUCAUGCAACAAUAUCUCAAGCACUUCAACUGGUAGAUAAAAAAGGUCAUCCUAGAUUUGGGAUAUGUACACGUUCCGAUACUUUGUAUCAGGUCAUAACUCUUCUUUCAAAUCCAGGGGUGCGGCGUGUUGUGGUAGUUGAAGCUGCCACCCAACGUGUGUUAGGGUUAAUUACAUUGAGAGACGUAUUUACUCUCAUUUUUAGAGAUUUUCAUUAAGUUUUCUUUGUGUUAUUGUAAAAGCACCCAAGUUUUAGCAAAGUUAUGUAAUUAUAUGUUGAGAGUUAAUCUUUUAAGAACUGUUUCCGAUGUAAUUACAUUCAGUUGUGUUAAAAGGUAUCGAUUGCAACUCCAUUCU